AUGUCUUCACCCCUUAGGUGCAUAUUAAUCGCUACCUUCUUUUACUAUUUUUCAUUAUAUAAAUAUUCCCCUUGGGCAAUAAUAAGGAAUGUAGAUUUUCAAAUUACGUAUGAUGAAUUAUCAAGAAAUUUAUACAUUCAUAGUUCAGGAAAAGGAAAAUGCACAAGUCAUAAUUAUUACAUAAAUGAUAAGUGUAAAAUUAUUAACAACUCUAAAAAGACAAAUGAAAAUAAUAAAGCACAAUGUUUAUAUAACCAAAAAUGUAUAACAAUAGCAAAAUAUAUAUUCCAACAUACUGGAAUAGAAACGGUAACUGAAGAUAUAUUUCUCGAACCUUUUGUUAUAAACCAUAAAUUGAAUAUACUACAAAAGGAAAAAUGUAAUACACAUAUAUAUAUAAAUGAUAAUAUAAAAUGUUUAUGUUGUAUAAAUGAUGUUUUAAAAAAUAUUCAAGGAUAUGAAAAUCCAAAUAUAAAAGAAAAUGUAACAUAUCAAUACAACCAAUGUAAAUGCUUAUUAAAUUAUCAAGAUAUAUAUGAAGAUUUAAAGAAUAUGAACAAAUGUGAAAAUUUCGAAUGUAAUAAUGGUUUAUGUACAAUUCAAACAAAUGGACAACCUUUUUGUUCAUGCUUUGAAAAUUAUUAUUUUGAAAAAAAGAGUAAUACAUGCAAAAAGCACAAAGAAAGUAUAGAAUAUAUUCAUAAGAUAAAUAAAAAUAGAGAAACUAUAGAAAAGACAGAAACUGAUACACUAAAUAUUGUUACCACUAAUGAUAAUAUUCCACAUCAUAACAAUAGCUACAAUUAUAAUAAUGAUAACAAUAUUAUACAUAAUACAAAAGACUUAGAACAACAUAAUAAAUCUAGUAAUAACCCACACAACGGAAAUACAAUAAUAUCUCAAAAUAACUAUAACAAUUGUCCAUUGAAUCAAAUAAAAAAUAAAAAAGGAAUAUGCGAGACAAUAAUAAAUUCUGAAGAAUCUGUUUGUCUCAGAAUUGAUUGUUCAAUUUCUUCUAAUGAAUUUCAAUGUUUCUGUAUUAAUCUAAAGGGUGAACAAAUUAAGACAGACAUUUUCGAUGUCUCUUAUAUAAAUAUUUGUACUCUUAAUAACAUUAAUUGUGAUAAUGGUAUAUGUAAUAAUAUUUUAAAAAAGGAUGAAUUAGGAUGUAUUUGUAAUGAAAAUUAUAUAUAUGAUUAUGAUUUAAAGGUGUGUCUUAGUUAUAGCACAAAUAUAUUUUUACGUUUAUUCCUUCUUUGUAUUAUAUAUGCUGUAAUAUUGUUCAUUCUAUAA